UCUGCGUCCUGAUCUUUGCCGACGGUGUCUGCAGGGACUUGGAACUGUUGAUCAAGUGCCCGUACUGCUCGCAUCUGCGCAAGGCUGCUUGGGCUGUACUUGCCUUUGCUUCCGGUUCCAGUCAAUUACCCGGGCCCCCUUUAUAGCUUGUCCACGUCGUAGCAUCCGGUCUACAGCAACAUGGCUUCCAUCUCGUCUCUUCCCCCGGCCUUGCAGAAGCCUAUCGAUGUGCUUAUGAUCGACAACUUUGACUCGUUUACCUACAAUCUCUACCAGUCGCUUUCCCUGCUCGGCGCCGACGUGACAGUCAUCCGGAACGACGCCAUCCCGACGUCCGCCCUCCCUCUCUUGGACAUUAAGCACCUCAUCAUCUCCCCCGGUCCUGGCCACCCGCGGACAGAUUCGGGCAUCUCGCGCGAUGCGAUCAAGUUCUUUACGGGCAAGAUUCCUGUGCUCGGUGUAUGCAUGGGCUUGGAAUGCCUAGUCGACGUCUUUGGCGGUCAAAUAAGCUACGCAGGUGAAAUCAUGCACGGCAAGGUCUCUCCCAUCCGCCACGACGGCCGCGGUAUGUUCAAAGGCCUCCCCCAAAACUUCCUCUCCACCCGAUACCACUCGCUUGCCGCCUCUGCAUCUAACCUCCCUCACACCCUGCAAGUCACCGCCUUCUCCCCCGGGCCGCCCGCCGUCAUCAUGGGCGUCCGUCAUCGUACCUACACCCUCGAGUCCGUGCAGUACCACCCCGAGUCGUGCCUAUCGGAGCAGGGCGAUCCCCUAUUACUCAACUUCCUCGCGCUCAAAGGCGGUAAGUGGGCCGACAACCCCGACUCGCUCGUCCUGGACCCCACCCUUCCGCCGCUUGACCUCAGCGCCAACCCGAAACUGCCCUCCAUCCUGGACAAGAUCUACACGCAGCGGCUAAAGGACGUGCAAGCUGCCAAGGCCGCGCCGGGGAGCACGCCCGAAGAGCUGCGCGCGCUCUUGCCGUUCGCCCCGCCGCUCACUUCCUUUCUCGCCGCACUUAAGAGGUCGCCGGCGAUCUCGGUCCUCGCGGAGAUCAAGCGCGCAUCGCCGUCGAAGGGCCGCCUGACGACUUCCGCGCCGAGCACGUCUGCCCUCGCGCUUUCCUACGCGUUGGCGUCCUCUCACGUGCGCGUCAUCUCCGUCCUUACGGAGCUCCACCACUUCUCUGGUACCCUGACCGACCUGCGGCUCGCGCGCGCCGCGGUCGACGCGCUCCCCGACCGUCCUGCCAUCCUCCGGAAGGACUUUAUCCUCGACGAGUACCAGGUCCUCGAGGCACGCGUGUGGGGUGCGGACAGCGUCCUCCUGAUUGUCGCGAUGCUCACCGAGAGCCGGCUCAAGGCCCUGUACGAGUACGCGUUGACACUGGGCAUGCACCCGCUCGUGGAGGUGAACAACGAGAAGGAGAUGCGCGCGGCGCUGCAGCUGGGCGCGAAGGUGAUCGGCGUGAACAACCGCAACCUGCACGACUUCAAGGUGGACAUGGAGACGACGACACGGCUGGCGAGUAUCGUGCGCGAGUGGAACGGGAAGCAGCGGACGGGGGAGGAGGUCGUGCUUUGUGCAUUAAGUGGGAUUAGUAGCCGGCAGGAGGUGGAGAGGUACCAGAACGAGAGCGUCGACGCGGUGCUUGUCGGCGAGGCCUUGAUGAAGGCGGCGGAUCCGGGCGCGACGAUCAAGGAGCUGGUGGGGGCGCCGUUGUUUGCGAAGACGGAAGAUGCGGUGACGCCGCCGUUGGUGAAGAUAUGCGGGGUGCGGAGCGUGGAGGAGGCGCGUGCUGCGGCGGAGGCCGGCGCGGAUAUGCUUGGGCUGAUGUUCGUGCCCUCGAGCAAGCGGCGGGUUUCGCUCGACUCUGCCAGGGAGAUAUCGGCCGCUGUGCGGUCGGCGCGCGCUGCGCCGUCCCAGGUUACGGCACCGUCCACGCAGGGGCGGCUCCCGUGGUUCACGCAGCACGCGCGGAGCACAGCGGCGCAGCCCCGCCCGCUGCUCGUCGGCGUGUUCCAAAACCAACCGCUCGAGUUCGUUCUUGGUUCUGUGUCUGCGGCGCAGCUGGACCUGGUGCAGCUGCACGGCUCGGAACCCGCCGAGUUCGCCAAGUUCAUCCCCGUGCCCGUCAUACGCGUGGCGCACGUCGGCUCGGGGGCGGGGGAGGACACGGAGAUGAAGAAGCCGGGUCUGCACCAGUUCGUGCUCCUCGACUCGAUGCGGAGCGACGGGCUCAGCGGGGGGAGCGGAAAGGUGGUGGACUGGGAGUACGCGAGGGAGGUGGUGGAGAGUGGGGAGAUUGAGGUGCCGCCGACGGCGGUGCCUGCUGACAAGGAGGCUCUGGCGGAUGGGGAGACGACGCCGCAGGGCGCUGCGACGACGAACGGGACGGCACCCGUAGGCGCUCCUCCGCCAUCAGUGAAGCCGCCGCAUUUCCCGAUGCCGAUUAUUCUGGCUGGUGGGCUGACGCCGGAGAAUGUAAGGGAGGCGGUGGAGAAGGUGCGUCCGUGGGCUGUGGAUGUGAGCGGGGGAGUAGAGAGGGAGGAUGGGACCGGAAAAGAUUUGGAGAAGGUGCGAGCUUUUAUCAAGGCUGCGAAAGGCCUGGCGUAAUUUAUUGCCACAAAAAUGCUGCUUGUAACGAACGGGUGUAGUGAUAUUAUUAUUUCUUGGAAUGUCUUGACUAUUAGUACUGGGAGUCUUUGAAGUAGUUUGGGUUGAUGAUGUGAAGUUUGUGCAAUGUAAAGAGAGUCGACUUCAUCGACGCGGUAAAUACCUGGG